AUGGCGCUGCGAGCCGGGCUUCGUCGCCUUGCAGUCAUGAAAGACAGUUUCCCACAGAUGCGAACACCAGGAUGUGAUCCAAGCAAGCCAAGUGUUUCGAAAGUCAUGAAGGAAAUGUUGAACAAUCAGACAUCUGCUCUUCCCCAUGCAGUCGGAGAAGAGGCAGCAGUUCCUGGCACGCCAAGCAAACACAUAGUGACAGACUCAGAUGGCAAAUCUAUGCCGAUGCACCUUCCUAAGAGCUACCUGCCACGUGCCAGUGCUGGCACAUCAGGGCCUUCGGCGGGGGCAGCAUUUCGAGGUUUAUCUGGAUCCCGAUCUCACAUGUCAGCAGGGGCUUUACCGAUUGGCGGCCAGAAAUGGCGGCCACCUGGUUGGAAGGAAGGGGCAAGCACUCCCGAGCAGAAGCCGCAGGACAAGGGCCCGAAUGCGGAAUUCUACGAGCGACCCACCUUGGAAGUGUGGGGUGUCCGCGUUGUGGCGGCACUCGUGCUUUACGCUUUGUACAUCGAAUUCAAGGAUGUCUCCAUUAGCCCAACGGGUCAGAUUACUCGGAAGCCCCGGCCCAAGAGGCACUUGACACCACAAGAAGAGGAGGAGCAGAGGCGACUGCAAGAAGCCUCGCAGAAAUGA